CAGCCCUGUCCAUGAGGCUGCUGGCUUUGGUCCGCGCGGCACCGACGCGGGGAGCGCGCUUCGCGCUGACUCAGCGGCGACGGCCGUGGCGGCGUUAGCCGGCCCUCACGCUCUUAUCCUUCCUGGGGCGCCAACCCCGCCCGCCAGCUUGCUAGCUUGCCUGCCCGGCGCCACGCAAGAAAAGGCGCCAGGAGACGCAGAGCUGCUAGAGGUGUGCGGCCCCGGCCAGCUCCGUCUCCAGCGUUAGCGCCGCGGCCGUGGCGGAGGACGACGGUGACGAGGACCAGGGCCGCUCUUCUCGCUCCCUGCUUGCGGCGCGGCUCCACUGACCGGCCCUCGGGAGUGCAGGCGGGCAGGCGGGAUGGAGUGAUAGGGAAGAUGUUUGCGGAUUCUUCUGUGGGAUUAGAGGGCAAGCCUAUUGUAAUCAGAAAACUCCAAGUAUAGCAGCAGGAAUGGAUGAACAGGCUCUCUUAGGUCUAAAUCCAAAUGCUGAUUCAGACUUCAGACAAAGGGCCUUGGCCUAUUUUGAACAGUUAAAGAUUUCCCCAGAUGCCUGGCAGGUGUGUGCAGAAGCUCUCGCUCAGAGGACAUACAGUGAUGAUCAUAUUAAGUUUUUCUGCUUCCAAGUACUGGAACAUCAAGUUAAAUACAAAUAUUCAGAACUAACUACUGUUCAACAACAACUAAUUAGGGAGACGCUCGUAUCUUGGCUUCAAGCUCAGAUGCUGAAUCCCCAACCAGAGAAGACCUUCAUACGAAAUAAAGCUGCCCAAGUCUUCGCCUUGCUUUUUGUUACAGAGUAUCUCACUAAAUGGCCCAAGUUUUUUUUUGACAUUCUCUCAGUAGUGGACCUAAAUCCAAGGGGAGUAGAUCUGUACCUCCGAAUUCUCAUGGCUAUUGAUUCAGAGUUGGUGGAUCGUGAUGUGGUUCACACCUCAGAGGAGGCUCGUAGGAAUACUCUCAUAAAGGAUACCAUGAGGGAACAGUGCAUUCCAAACCUGGUGGAAUCAUGGUACCAAAUCCUACAAAAUUAUCAGUAUACCAAUUCAGAAGUGACAUGCCAGUGCCUUGAAGUAGUUGGGGCUUAUGUCUCUUGGAUAGAUUUAUCCCUUAUAGCCAAUGAUAGGUUUAUAAAUAUGCUGCUAGGUCAUAUGUCAAUAGAAGUUCUACGGGAAGAAGCCUGUGAUUGUUUAUUUGAAAUUGUAAAUAAAGGAAUGGAUCCUGUUGAUAAAAUGAAACUGGUAGAAUCUUUAUGUCAAGUGUUACAGUCUGCUGGAUUUUUCAGCAUUGACCGGGAGGAAGAUGUUGACUUCCUGGCCAGGUUUUCUAAACUGGUCAAUGGAAUGGGACAGUCAUUGAUAGUUAGCUGGACAAAAUUAAUUAAAAAUGGGGAUAUCAAGAAUGCUCAGGAGGCACUGCAAGCUAUUGAAACAAAGGUGGCGCUGAUGUUGCAGCUCCUAAUUCAUGAGGAUGAUGACAUCUCUUCUAACAUUAUUGGAUUUUGUUACGAUUAUCUUCAUAUUUUGAAACAGCUUACAGUGCUUUCAGAUCGACAAAAAGCUAACGUAGAGACAAUCAUGUUGGCCGUUAUGAAAAAAUUAACCUAUGAUGAAGAAUAUAAUUUUGAAAAUGAGGGUGAAGAUGAAGCCAUGUUUGUAGAAUAUAGAAAACAACUGAAGUUAUUGUUGGACAGGCUUGCUCAAGUUUCACCAGAGUUACUGCUGGCUUCUGUUCGCAGAGUGUUCAGUUCUACACUGCAGAAUUGGCAGACUACACGGUUUAUGGAAGUUGAAGUGGCAAUAAGAUUGUUGUAUAUGUUGGCAGAAGCUCUUCCAGUAUCUCAUGGUGCUCACUUCUCAGGUGAUGUUUCAAAAGCUAGUGCUUUGCAGGAUAUGAUGCGAACUCUGGUAACAUCAGGAGUUAGCUCCUAUCAGCAUACAUCUGUGACAUUGGAGUUCUUCGAAACUGUUGUUAGAUAUGAAAAGUUUUUCACAGUUGAACCUCAGCACAUUCCAUGUGUACUAAUGGCUUUCUUAGAUCACAGGGGUCUGCGGCACUCUAGUGCUAAAGUCCGGAGCAGAACCGCUUACCUAUUCUCCAGAUUUGUUAAAUCUCUUAAUAAACAAAUGAAUCCUUUCAUUGAGGAUAUUCUGAAUAGAAUACAAGAUUUAUUAGAGCUUUCUCCACCUGAGAAUGGUUACCAGUCUUUGUUGAGCAGCGACGAUCAAUUAUUUAUCUAUGAGACAGCUGGAGUGCUAAUUGUUAAUAGUGAGUAUCCAGCAGAGCGGAAGCAGGCAUUAAUGAGGAAUCUGUUGACUCCACUCAUGGAGAAGUUUAAAAUUCUGUUGGAAAAAUUGAUGCUGGCACAGGACGAAGAAAGACAGGCAUCUCUAGCAGACUGUCUCAACCAUGCUGUUGGAUUUGCUAGUCGAACCAGCAAAGCUUUCAGCAACAAGCAGACUGUGAAGCAAUGUGGCUGUUCCGAAGUUUACCUGGACUGCUUACAGACAUUCUUGCCAGCUCUCAGUUGUCCCUUACAAAAAGAUAUUCUCAGGAGUGGAGUCCGCACUUUCCUUCAUCGCAUGAUUAUUUGCCUAGAGGAAGAAGUCCUUCCCUUCAUUCCAUCUGCUUCAGAACACAUGCUCAAAGAUUGUGAAGCAAAAGACCUCCAGGAAUUCAUUCCUCUUAUCAACCAGAUUACAGCCAAAUUUAAGAUACAGGUAUCCCCAUUUUUACAACAAAUGUUCAUGCCUCUUCUUCAUGCAAUUUUUGAAGUUUUGCUCCGACCAGCAGAAGAAAAUGACCAAUCUGCUGCUUUAGAGAAGCAGAUGUUGCGAAGGAGUUACUUUGCUUUCCUGCAAACAGUCACAGGCAGUGGAAUGAGUGAAGUCAUAGCAAAUCAAGGUGCAGAGAAUGUAGAACGAGUGCUGGUUACUGUUAUUCAAGGAGCAGUCGAAUAUCCAGAUCCCAUUGCUCAGAAAACAUGUUUUAUUAUCCUUUCCAAGUUGGUAGAACUCUGGGGAGGUAAAGAUGGACCAGUGGGAUUUGCUGAUUUUGUUUAUAAGCACAUUGUCCCCGCAUGUUUCCUAGCACCUUUAAAACAAACCUUUGAUCUGGCAGAUGCUCAAACAGUAUUGGCUUUAUCUGAGUGUGCAGUGACACUGAAAACAAUUCAUCUCAAACGGGGCCCAGAAUGUGUUCAGUACCUUCAACAGGAAUACCUGCCUUCCUUGCAAGUAGCUCCAGAGAUAAUUCAGGAGUUUUGUCAAGCGCUUCAGCAGCCUGAUGCUAAAGUUUUUAAAAACUACUUAAAGGUGUUCUUCCAGAGAGCAAAGCCCUGAGGACUAGAUCUCCCCGUGCCUACUUCAUGAUCAAGAAUUCCAGUUAAUAAUUUAUAAAUAAACAAUUUUUUGUGUGCUGUUCA